AUGAAUUUUGGAGAAUACGACUUUUUCUAUCCAGACGGUGAAAUAGACACCACACCCACGAGCGAUGUUCGAAAGCUAUACCCGCCUCCCUAUCGAUGCUUCUACGAGGCAAAGCCCAGCGUGUCGCAACUGCUUCGAGCCCACGAGUACCUUACCGAGGUUGUGGAGGAAGACGGCCCUUUUGAGAGUAUAUCGGGUUUUUCACAAAGCGCCGAAGUCGCUGCAUCUCUCCUGCUCUACCAAGCGUGGGAAGUGCAUUUCAAUUUCGCUGUGUUCAUUGGCGGUACAAAGUCAUUCGAUGUCUCUGCCCUCGCUUCUGGGAAAAUCUCAAAGCCCGUCAAGAUGUGUGCAGGCACACAUUCUACGAGGAUAAAUGUUCCAACCGCCCAUGUGAUUGGGAGAAGCGACGCUUGUCGUAAAUCCUCGAAAGCGUUCUUAGAGUUGUGCAAUCGGCGGGAGGUCAAGGUGUGUGAUCAUAAAGGUGCACAUGUUGUGCCGAGAGGACAGGAGGCAGUGGAGGACUUGACAGCUGCUCUCAAUUGGGUGGUCGAUCAAGCGAUGUAUCAGGUAAAUAAGCGUAUUGCGAGAGUUGAAGGGAGGGAGAGACUGAGUCUCAAAGAGGCGACAACCAGUCGUUUUGAUCCAUGCCAGGAGCUGCCAGUACUAUAA